UUCCCAAAUUCAAUUCAAUUUUAGGGUUUCUACUUUCUUCUCAAUUACUGCAUUACGUCUCUUAUAUUGAAUCUAUUCAAACUUUUCACUUUCAAUUUGUUUUUAGAAUUUCAAACGGAAUUACCCAAGUAACUCAAAAUUGGAGCUUUUCUGUUUUUUCUAUUUAUGUAAUUAUUUAUUCUGAUUUUAUCACAAUGCUUAAUUGAGGUUUAAACAAAGCCUAAUUACAAUCAUUGAUCUUAUUUUGCUUGGAUUAGAUUAGAGAUAGAGAUAUUAGUACAUUAAGCAUGUUUUGCAUGUACCCUAUUGUUUUGAGGAUAUUACUAUUUAAUUUGGGGUUAAAUUAAGGCUUCACUCAGAAAAAAAAGUGUUUCAGUGUUCGAAACCGACUCCGAGACUUAUGAUUACGUUUAAUUUAUUGAUUUUUAAAAUUAUUAUCAGUGUCGGUGUCGUGUUUCUGGUGUAUGUGCUUCUUAGGUUUCAUGUCAGCAACUUUGACUUUGGAGUUUGAGAUUGAUGACUCCAGUAAUGGUGAUGCAGUAGGAAAUGUUACUACUGGAGAGGUUAGCAGUAGCAUAGCUGACAAAGACAAAAUUGUCUGCAGUUCUUUCGAUCCAACUGAUGAACAGGAUCAAGAUGAUAAUAUGACUCAAGAUUCUUCUGGAGUGGACCAAAUCCCGUUAGCGAUUCCUGCAUUAUCGGUUGUGAGAACAGUUGAUGAACCCUAUAUGGGUCAAGAGUUUGUAUCGGAGGCUGAAGCACAUGCGUUUUAUAAUGCAUAUGCUACACGUGUUGGAUUUGUCAUUCGUGUAAGUAAGCUCUCGAGGUCAAGGCGUGAUGGGUCUGUUAUCGGACGGGCUCUUGUUUGCAACAAAGAAGGUUUCAGAAUGCCUGAUAAGCGGGAAAAGAUUGUAAGGCAGAGGGCAGAAACAAGGGUUGGUUGCAGGGCAAUGAUUAUGGUGAGGAAAUUAAAUUCUGGUCUAUGGUCUAUAACAAAGUUUGUAAAGGAGCAUACACAUGCUCUGACACCUGGAAGAGGCAGAAGGGACUUUGUUUAUGAGCAAUAUCCGAGUGGACAUGACAGAGUUCGAGAACUCUCUCAGCAGUUGGCUCUAGAGAAAAAACGAUCUGCAACCUAUAAAAGGAGUCUUGAAUUAUUAUAUGAGUACAUCGAAGAGCACAAUGAAUCCGUCACGAGGAAGAUACAGCACAUAGUAGAGAGUGUGAAGGAGAUGGAAGCCAACGAACAAGAGAAUCCUAGAUAGUUUCAAUUCUCUGUUAUCUAGACUUGAAAUUCUUUUUCAAUAGAUGAAUGGUAGUAGAUAAAUUGUGCAAUAACAUAAUUGCAGAUCUAGGUAUCUGGUUCAGUCCAGCAUUAGGCGUCAAGUGAGUUCUGUUGUUCAGUUUGUUAAGUUCAAUGGAAUUCAAUUAUUCAUUGGAUUGCUUUGAUAAUUUAGUUAUUAGAAAAGAGACUAGUUCAGUCAAUGUACAGGUCCUAUGAAUCCAUUCUUGUGAAUUUAUCCUAACAAUAUAACGACUCAUAACAAGCAUUCUAAUGCUUGAUUACAAUUUUCUCAUUCA